AUGACGAUGGUUAUGGAGAGUGGAAGUCGCCAGUAUGGCGGGCUCAGCUACGAUAGUGUCUACCAGAAUCAUAGCCGCGCCAACCCACCACACUUUGGUGAAGGAUGGCCUCCACACAGCACCUCGCACCCGCCAAGUUCCGUGUAUCAGCCUGCUGUGGCGGCCAAUCCAGUGGGCAUGAAACGGGAGGACGCUUCAAGGCCUCCGGCGAUUCCUGUCUCCUAUGCAAACGGGCAGGUCUCUGCGCCGGCAAUGGUUCACGGCGGAAACUACAAUAGUGUGGGAUAUGGUGGCUCGGAACUCGUCGUACUACCCACAGAGCUUCCCCGGACCACCUUCGAGCAGUCACAGCCCUGCACGACUGCACCGCAGAUGGCAUCUUUCACACCUGCAAACUAUUCGUCCCUGGAAUACGCGCAGUCGCUGCAUAUGCACCAGCAGCAGCAACAACAACAGCACCAACAUCAACCUCCCCACCACCAGCAUCCGCCACCACCGCACCAUGCAACGCACUUGGAGGCGCGGAGUGUGCAUCAAGGGAACGAGACUUCUCCGCAUGCGACACAGCCACCGCAAGUGACCUUCAGCGAUGCCCUUGAUGCGAGUCGAGGCAUGGUUGCUUUGAGCCAGGACCUCACGCCUCGCGCUAUCUAUGGUCCUCGCAGCUCUCGUGGCUCCGUGGACUCAUACGGCUUUCCAUCAACACAUUCAUCUGCGUCAUCCAUUUCUUCAGCAAACAAUUAUCCAUACUACAGUGCAUCUGUUGUUUCCGUGGACUCGUCUGUCACAGAUUACAGUUCUACAACUUCGGAUUCCUAUGACGGACUAUCAAGGACGUUGCCCCGACCGUCUGGCCUUUUGGCUGGUGCUCUUCCUCCGCAGUCCAUGAUGGGCCAGUUCAGCUCCAAAGUGCCAUCGAACACGCAGAAGAAGCACAAAUGCAAAGUUUGCGACAAGCGAUUCACUCGCCCGUCCUCACUGCAAACGCAUAUGUACAGUCACACAGGUGAAAAACCAUAUGCCUGCGAAGUUGAGGGUUGCGGAAGACAUUUUUCAGUUGUAUCGAACCUACGACGUCACAAAAAGGUGCACAAAAAUGACAAAGAGUCUGGCUCGCCUGAGGAAGAGGCCUGA